CACUUACAAACAAUCACCCAUGUAGCCAAGAAAGCAUCACUAUCGUUAUCCUCGAGCUAGUGAGUCGUGAAAAGCCUUCAGGGCCAAUUGCAGCUGCAGCCGACGUGUGCGAAGGCGGCAUAUGGCGGCAGAACCCUUGCCCCGCCAAUUCCUCUAGGUACUUUACUGAUCUUUUUCGCCGUUUUCCCCAUUCCCUUCUCCUCUCAUCCAUUCUCUCUCCUCCCUCACAUCUCUCCCAUCCCACAUUUACCGCCAACAUGUCUGCUCCCGCCCACAAGUUCAAGGUCGCUGACAUCAGCCUCGCGGCCUUUGGUCGUCGCGAGAUUGAGCUCGCUGAGAACGAGAUGCCUGGUCUUAUGGCCACGCGUGAGAAGUACGCCCAGGACCAGCCAUUGAAGGGCGCCCGCAUUGCCGGAUGUCUGCAUAUGACCAUCCAGACCGCCGUCCUCAUCGAGACGCUCACAUCGCUCGGUGCUGAGCUCACAUGGACCUCGUGCAACAUCUUCUCCACCCAGGACCACGCUGCUGCCGCCAUUGCCGCCGCCGGCGUCCCCGUCUUCGCCUGGAAGGGCGAGACCGAGGAGGAGUACGAGUGGUGCCUCGAGCAGCAGCUUACCGCCUUCAAGGACGGCAAGAGUCUGAACUUGAUCCUCGACGACGGUGGUGACCUUACCGCCCUUGUCCACAAGAAGUACCCCGAGAUGCUUAAGGACUGCUUCGGUGUCUCUGAGGAGACCACCACUGGCGUGCACCACCUCUACCGCAUGCUCAAGGGCAAGGGUCUGCUCGUCCCCGCCAUCAACGUCAACGACUCCGUCACAAAGUCCAAGUUCGACAACCUUUACGGCUGCCGUGAGUCGCUCGUCGACGGUAUCAAGCGUGCCACCGAUGUCAUGAUUGCUGGCAAGGUCGCUGUUGUUGCUGGUUUCGGUGAUGUCGGCAAGGGCUGCGCCCAGGCUCUCCACAGCAUGGGUGCCCGUGUCAUCGUCACUGAGAUCGACCCCAUCAACGCUCUUCAGGCCGCCGUCUCCGGCUUCCAGGUCACCACCAUGGAGGAGGCUGCUUCCCAGGGUCAGAUCUUCGUUACCACCACUGGUUGCCGUGACAUUCUCACUGGCGAGCACUUCGAGAAGAUGCCCAACGACGCCAUCGUCUGCAACAUCGGUCACUUCGAUAUCGAAAUCGACGUUGCAUGGGUCAAGAAGAACGCCAAGUCGGUCACCAACAUCAAGCCCCAGGUCGACCGCUUCCUCAUGAAGAACGGCCGCCACAUCAUCAUCCUCGCCGAGGGUCGUCUCGUCAACUUGGGAUGCGCCACUGGUCACUCCUCUUUCGUCAUGUCCUGCUCUUUCACCAACCAGGUUCUUGCCCAGAUCAUGCUGUACAAGGCCUCCGAUGAGGAGUUCGGCAACAAGUACAUCGAGUUCGGCAAGACCGGUAAGCUCGACGUCGGUGUCUACGUUCUGCCCAAGAUCCUCGACGAGCAGGUCGCUCUUCUCCACCUUGACCACGUCAACGCCAAGCUCUCCAAGCUCUCUGAUGUCCAGGCUGAGUACCUCGGUCUGCCCAUUGAGGGUCCUUUCAAGAGCGACAUGUACCGUUACUAGAUUUCUUUUUUUUAUUAUAAAUUCUGGGUUUGGGAAGCUUCAACACGACGUUAUGAACUGGGAUGAUACCACUUCGAAAAGUUAUUUGUCCUUCAACGGCAUAGCAUUGAAAGAGUCAGGGACUCAACGGGGUUUGGUCGUUCAAAAGGCGUUGGGCUGCUCAUCAUCUUCUUGACCCUUCAACCAUGGUCAUAGAGGUGAUACCAUUCAUGUAAGGGAGAAUAUGGAGGAUAAGACGUUGUGUCUCUACACGCAGCGCGGCAUAUAGUAAUGGCUCACACCUAUUGGGGAG